UAGUGAGCUUGGGGUACCUGUGCCUAGAACGGCUGCGACGGAGAGAAGAAAGAUGGCUUCCGAUACAAACGCCAAGCAGAAAUCGUCCCAGCGAAGACUCCAGAGCUACGUAAUUGUGAGCAUCGCUCUGGGUAUCAUUGUGCUAGUUACGGUGGCGUUCAUUGUCAAGCAAUCGCCUCCGAAGAUCCGUGCUCUACCAACUUUCGUAGACCGGAUCACCUUCACACUACAAUGGGAGCUCGUCUCCCUUCUUGCCGUUCAAGCAGGCAUAGUUUGGGUCGCACGUACACGGUUCUCGACGGCAGCAAUCAAUCCGUUGGAUAAGAGUGCAAAGCAGUUUGUAGAGAUACCUCAAAAGUACCUAAAGAAUACUGUGGAGCAGUUUGUUUUGCAUUUCGUCGCGUCGCUUGUUCUCACUACUUAUCUCACUGCCGAGCAGAUGUUCGUUGUUCCUGUCCUGGUAGGGAUUUUUGUCACGGGUAGGCUGUGUUUUGCCGUUGGAUACAAGAUUCAUUUCUCGGCUAGAGGCUUCGGAUUUGCGCUGACGUGGCUUCCUACCGUUGCUAUUAUUAUGUACUGCCUGUAUCGAAUGAUUCAAGGGUGAACAAUCUCGAGCUUGGUACAGCAGAACCACGAUAACUCGAAUUUCCCGUUUACCUAAAUAAACUUUUGAGGUGAUAUUGAAUACUUAGUGUAACUGAGUUUAUAUAUUAUUUUAAAAAUUGGUGUUAAUUUUUAAAUCCGAGGUAACUGAAUCACUCAACAUUUAUACUCUUUAAAGAAGGCCAAUCACGCCGCCAUUUUAUACUCCCGCUCAAUGCGGAGUCACUGAAGCAUCCAUUUCCAUCGGCUAAUUCAAGCAAGUAAACAAGAUAUUUGUAAUGAAAUAUCGUCAAUAACAUAUCAUACUUCAUUUUUAGACUGUUUUUUUUUAGGUUUCCUUGCGAAUAAAUCGCUGUAUUUUCAACACUUCUUUAAAGUUUCUAUAACACUCCUUUCUAUAUCAACAUGGCAUAUUAUAUGUUUGGCCAUAUUAUAUUGAAGGAGAAAGUAUUUAUACUUGAAACCAUAACAGAAUAUGUUUUUGCUUAAUAAUUUUUAUUUGUUUGUAA